AUGGAGACCGUGAGCUCGGCGUCCCUGGUACCCCAGAGGGCUCAGACCAGCACGCAGCUCCUGGGGCCGCCGCCCGGGGAGGCGCGGGUGGAGAUGGCCGCGCCGACCGUGGUGCAGCCGGCGCUGGAGCCCGAGCCCCAGCUAGAGCCGGACCGCGAGCGGAGCUCCCGCGGAGGCGGCAGCGACCGGAGCCAGAGCCGGGGCGAAAGCGGCUGCGAGGAAUCCCUGGAGCUGACGCCCGAGCCCCCCCUGCUCAGGCUGAGGCCCACCUCCCUGCAGAGCCAGGACAUCUCACACCUGCUGACCAGCCUCUUCAAGAACCUGUACACUCUGGAUGUGAUUGGAGAAGACAUAGGGAGGAACCUCAUCAAAUCCCGGGGCGGAGAAAACGUCCGACAUGAGAAGUUUGUGGACGAGCUGCAGCAGCUUCGAGACGAGUACAUCCAGAAGCUGGCAGACACAGACAUGGUUGAGAGGCACAUCAUUCAGGCCCGGGCUCGGGCCUUGGCGGAAGAAGAUAGGAUCCUGAACAACAUCAAGGCCCAGGGAUUUGGAACUGCCUACUUGCCUCCAGUGAGGUCCACCUUCAGAUGGUGUGUGGAUGGUGAGCUGCUGAGGAAGAGCAGCUUGAUUUGUCCUGGUGAUUACAUCCGUGACCCUCUGCCUUUUUCCCGAGCACCCAAAGGAGACAGUGAGCCAGAGUGCUACAAGAUGACCUUUAGCAGCCGGCAGCACAGUGUAGGCGCAGACAAUGUUCAGGUCACAGAGAUGGCCAGCAAGGAGAAGCUGCCCGCCAUCCCUUCUGAAGUGUCCUUGUCUACCCUGACAAAGUGCUCGACACCAGACGUGAAGCCCCCCAAGGUGGUCAAGACAUACCACUUUCCAAAGAAUAAGAUGUGGGUGAAUCACUUAAACACGACCCAGCGGGUGCAGGAGCGACGGCUUCUUGCCAGAUUGGAGAACCAGCACAGUUUUCUCAAGAACCCUCGCUUUUUCCCACCCAACACUGUGGAUGGAGGCAAGUCCCUCAUCCUUCCUGUAAAGAAGACAGGCGCAGUGGGAGACGAACGCAAUGUUGAGUUCAGUGCGAGAAAUUUUGACGAUGCUCCGGUGUUUCUACCUAAGCCAUCAGUGGCUUUUUUUACCGAUUACGUGAUUGGACCAGUUUACGAGAUUGUGCUCGAGCUGCAGAACGUGACGUCCACCAGCCGCCCCCUGAGAGUCCUCCCUCCGUCCACGCCGUACUUUUCCCUGGGCCUGGGAAAGUUCCCGGGAAAAGGAGGACUGGUGGCCCCUGGGAUGAUCUGCCAAUACACGGUCCGCUUUGCUCCUGACAGCCUUGGAGAUUUUGACGAUUUUAUUUUAGUGGAAACUCAGGCGGCCCGCACACUUGUGAUCCCCUUACAGGCCAGGAGAUCACCUCCAAUACUGACACUGGCUCUGUCCUUAGACUGUGGUUACUGCCUUGUUGGCGGAAUCAAGAUGACUCGAUUCAUCUGCAAGAAUGUGGGGCUGAGCACAGGCAGGUUCUGCAUCAUGCCCAAGUCGUCCUGGCCGCCUCCUAGUUUCAGGGCAGUCGCUAAGGUUGGCUUUGUGGAGCAGGCGCCCUUUGGAAUCCUGCCAGCUGUCUUUGAGCUCGUCCCAGGACAGGAGCUGCUCCUGGAGGUGCUGUUUCUUCCGACUUCCCUGGAAACUGUGGAGAAAUCUUUCAUCAUUGUGUGUGAUAAUUGUCAGAUCAAAGAAGUCAUCAUUUCAGGAACUGGUCAGCUGGCUGCCCUGGAGCUCCUCUAUGUGUCUGGUGAAGCCAGCCAUCCUGAGCCGGGGGAGCUCACAGACCUGACUGCUCAGCACUUCAUUCGCUUUGGGUCCCAAAAUAUCCAGACCACCACCUCAAAACACCUCGUUGUAAGAAACCUGACGCACGUGGCCCUGCCCUUUCACUGGCAGAUCGUGAAGCCCAAUCUACUGCCACUGAUGCUGGGAGAAAUCUGGAGGUCUAAGGACAUCAAGUACUACCCUGACUCCGAGACCGCCUUCUACGUCACUCCCGGGAAGGGCAGCCUUCAGCCUCAUGCCGACCAUGAAUUCAUCCUGAGCUUUUCUCCCGAGCAGCUGAAAAACUACCACAGUGUGAUCCAGAUUGUGCUGGAAGAGGUCCCAGUCCCCAUUGGUCUAGAAAAUGAGAAUAUAUGUGAAUUACCGUAUGCCAUGGAUGACAUCAUUGCCCUGGAAAUCGAGGUGAAAGGCUCCGUGGAACCCUUCCAGAUUCUCCUGGAACCGUACGCCAUUAUCAUUCCUGGAGAAAACUACAUCGGAGUCAACGUGAAGAAAGACUUCAAGAUGUGGAACAACAGCAAAUCUGCUAUUCGGUACACAUGGGAGAAGAUAAGUGACUGCCACAUCGUUGAGGUGGAGCCAUACACGGGGGUCAUAGACCCUAAUGAAAAGGGUGAAUUUGAAUUGAAUUUCACUGGUGGUGUUCCUGGAGUGACAAGCCAGGAGCUGCUGUGUAAAAUUGAGCGCUCCCCCGUACCUGUGGUGCUGCACAUUGAGGCCGCCUUCAAGGGACCAACGCUUAGCAUCGAUGUCUCAGCCCUGCAGUUGGGUCUGGUUCGACUGGGGAAGAAGGCAGUCGGCUUUGUAAGCAUUCAGAACACGAGCCAGCUCCCAGCAAAGUGGAAGAUGCGGGAGAGCCCCGCGUGCCUCAAGGAAAGGAAGGAAAAAGUUUCUCCCUUCAUCAUUCGGCCUCCCCGGGGCCGUAUUCCUCCUCUGGGACAGCUCCGCGUGACUGUUCUCUUUGAAGCUAAAUGCUGCCGGAGCCUCCGGACAGUCCUGGAGCUGCAAGUGGAGAACGGAGAGCCAAGCUACCUGCCUGUCUAUGGCGAAGUGCAGAGGCCUUAUGUCUACCUGAUGUCCAGCCAGCUUGUGCUCAGCGACAUGUACUUUGGCAUUCCCACGGAGGCCACCGUCACGCUCUUUAACGGGACACUUCUGCCCACCAAGUUCCUGUGGGGGAAGCUUCUGGGGACUCAUUCUAGCCUCUGCCUAGUGGACGUCUGCCCCAGAAAUGGCCUCUUGGGCCCCAAUGAGGAGAAGCAGGUCUACCUGCGGUUUACAGCUUUCACUAUGGAUGAACUGACAGACCUUGCCCUCCUGUGUCACAUAGAAGGGGUGAAGAAAUCUCUUGUUCUGGGCAUUUCAGGGAAGCCCAAAGGGCUGGAUGUGACCUUCUCAAUACCCCAGGCUGAUGGCCAAAGCAGUGAGGACCAGGAGCCGAGCAGUCCUCAGGAUCUCUGCUUGGACUUCGGCUCCAGCGUUCCAUUGAGAUGUCUCCUGAAGCGGCAGCUGACCCUGACCAACAAUUCCGCAAUAAAAGCAUCCUUUUCUCUGGAAUUUGAUUAUUUUGGGGUCACUGAAGAAAUCUGGGCCAAAAAACCGAGGCUCCCUGACGUACCACCUGCCAUGAGACAUUCAGUGAGGAUUGCAAAGCACAUGGCCAGGAGGGACCUUCUAGACUCUAUAGAAACUCUCCUAUCCAAAGAGAAAGGAGCCGCUUUCUUUCCUCACGUCUCCCAAGGGACAUUGGAUGCCUUCCAGAAGCUGACCGUUGACAUCACGGCGUGUAGCAACAUGUGGGGAGAUUACCACGAUCAGCUCAUCUGCAAGGUGGGAGACCUGCCACCAGCCAUCAUCGCAGUCCACAUGGGCGUGGUGGGCUGCCCCAUCACGCUGUUCAGGACCAGCCACCUGGCCGACGAGCCUUCCCAGGACCGAGUCGUCAGGUUUGGCACUCAGAUCUCUGGUGGAGACACCGUCUCCCGCACUCUCCGCCUGAAUAACUCCAGUCCUUAUGACAUCAGGAUAGACUGGGAGACCUAUAGCCCAGAAGAGAAUGAGGACAAACUCCUGGACUUCUUGGUGGUGUAUGGGACGCCUUUCCCCCUGAGGGAUGCUGCUGGGGUAGAGAUGGAUUCCAAGGAAGAGCCCACGAGUGACUCCUCCUUUGUGGCCAGCUCCAGCCAGUCCCCUGCCUCCCCGGACAGCACGAAUCCACUGGAAACUUGCGGGAAUAGAAUGGGGAGUGGAGAAGAUUCUUUCUCGCCCAUGGCUGAGGGGAGCCCCAACAUCAUCUCAGUGAUCCUGCAGCCCCACGAGGGCGUGCGCUCUGACCACCCCUACACCAUCACUCCCAGACAGCUGGUAAUUCCAGCUGCUGGGAGCAGCUCUGUCCAUGUCUCCUUCACGCCCAUGCUCCUGCCAGGGUCCGUCAGCAAGAUGGUGUGUAAAAGCUACGCCUUGGGCUUCAUGAGCCUGGACAACAAGAUUGCUCGAGAGAUUCCAGGGAAGGUGAAACGGCCCCAGAACUUUGAUGCCGAGCUCUUCCGACUGGACCUUCAGGGCCUUGUGCGGCCAGCUCGGUUGAGCAUUGAGCAUGACUAUGAUGGUGGAAUGGUGUUCUACCUGCAGGCCAGUGACCUCAUCCCGGCCAAUCCACUCACAGGGGUGCUCCCUGAGAGGGUGAUCACUCACCGUCUGAAGGUCAACAACUUCACGGACUUGGCCCAUUGCUUCGGGCUCCUGGUGGCACCCCCGUUCUCUGUGACGGGGAUCAAUCCUGAAUACAACCGGAGAAUCUUGGACAGGGAGGUGGAAGAUGAAGAGGAGGAGCCGGCCAGAGAUCAGUUUGUACUCAACCCUCAGCAGAACAUGCUGAUCGAGGUGUCCUUCACCCUGUCUCUGGAGUUACUGACGUACCAGAAGCUGCCAUCGGACCAGAUGCUGCCAGGAGUGACGAUCCUUCAAGAUGAGGAUGGGGCCAGGAAAAUGGAAUUCAGCCAAGAGCUGGUGUUGGAGUAUGCCAACAAGACCACCCAGGUGGUGCCCCUCUUGGCCAUUGUGAGCAUUCCGUCCCUGCAGCUCUCCACCAGCUGGGUGGACUUUGGCACCUGCUUUGUGAAUGAGACGUACACUCGAGAGGUCACCCUGCUGAACCUGAGUUCGUGCAGGAGCCACUGGAUAACUCUGACGGACAAGCAGGAGCGGCACAAGGCCAUCUUCCAAGUCUACCCAACCAGUGGUGUACUGGAGGCUCGGAAAGUCAACUCCCCCCCAACUUCCACGAGCUUGUAUAUCCAUUUUACUGCCAGUGACAGCUGUGAGUAUGAAGCAGUCGUGACGGUGGACGGCAUCCUGGGAGAGGCAUGCAUCUUGCACAUGCGUGGGCAGGGCUCCUACGAUGAGAAGUACUAGAUGCUGGUGGCCUGGCGUGGCCGUGGUCCUGUGAGCAGGAGCAGGGGUGGCAAUGAGCACCACCCUUAAUAAAUGCAGAGGUUGCCUGGCC